AUGUUUUCUAAAAUCUGGCUACUUUUGUUUGUGCUAUAUGUUGUGCCGGAUUCCUCAAAUGGCCAGAAAGCAAAACAUUUCUUCAGACCAGACUACACAUACAUAGAAGCAACGCAGAGUUUUUAUAAGUUCCAUAGAACUCCAUUGCCGUGGUUGGAAGCUAAGGCGAGGUGUGCACUCGAGGGAGCCAUCUUGUUUCAUCCCGAAGAUAGUGCUGAAGCUCAGGUCGCGAUCUCGUUUUGGAACGCAACCCAACCUGCUAUAAACGGGAUAUAUUUGGGAUUAUCAGAUAUGAUAUCAGAAGGAGACUUUGUGACUGUUGAUGGCAAACCUGUGGGUGAUGUGUACAGCAACUGGUUAGCAAAGCAGCCAGAUAAUCACCAGGGCGAGGACUGUGCCUCCAUGAAUCAGGACGGUGUCAUGAAUGAUGUCCUGUGCAGCGGUCGCCACAGCUUCAUGUGUAAGAAGCAUUUGGAGUCGCUGCAGUGGAACCCUAGCUGCAAUAUGUCCAAUCUAGAUUAUACGUUGGAUGCGAAAUCUGGUAAAUGUUUUAAGCUACACACAACGCCAAUGGAUUGGACUGAGGCAUUCACGGCGUGCAGUGCAGAAUUGACCAACUUAGCAGUAAUUAAUAACCAAGAAGAAGCAAAUUACAUCAAAAAGCUCAUGGACAGUGUACCAGCUCAAAAGAUCGGAGGCAACUAUGUUAGGGGAAUGUUUCAUAUGGGGUACCAUAACAGACUGAACGAGGGAUGGACGACGGUUAAAGGCACAAGAUUGAAUGAAAAUAGCACCGUGUUCUGGGGAGGGUCCGUGCCUGACGACAAUGACUCCCAGCAGUGCGGUGCAAUGUUCUACACCGGCCGACUGACUCCCGUCAACUGCAGCCACAGGAGUCUGUUCGUUUGUGAACAUCAAGUCGACUGCCUGACCAUGGCAGAGCAAUAACUUGUCCAUUUAGAAAACAUUCAAAUCAGUUAUUGUAGUUUAAUUAACUAUUUGGUAUGAAUACAAUCUACAACUGCC